AGAGCAACAUUAAGCCACACGAAUACCAAAAUUGUGACAAAGAAAUAAGUUAUCAAGGAACUGCACAACCUUGGAGAGCUCAAAAGAACGACAACAAGAGUUUUCAAGGAAAGAGAUUUGAAGGUAUUUACUAUAAUUGCAGGAAGAGGGUCACAUGUCGGGAUUGUUGGUCCAAGAAAAAUUCUAUUGAAAGCAAUGUGGAAAUCUCUAAAAAGGAGGAUGAAUGGGAUGCAGAGGCAAUAUGUGCCAUAGAAAAAAACGAGCUAGCACUCAUGGUGAUGAUGAGAGAGCAUAUCCAUUACAAUGAUGACUGAAUCAUUGAUUCAGGAUACUCAAACCACAUGAUUGACGAUCAGAGUGGUGCAAUGGGAGAAGGGUGGCCCUUAGAGAAGAAGUAUUACCAGAAUUGGACAACAUUAAAGAAAUUCUCCCACAGAAGACGGGGAGCAAACUUUACACAUGUGCUAAGUGCUGAUGUGUCUGGAGAGCCAAGUGACACUAACGUUGGAGAGAAAGAAGUGACUCAAUCAAGUGAACUCGGUGAAAAUGAAAAGGCACCUCAACAUCUUAGACAACUAUAAAGAAUCUAAAAGCCAAAUCCAAAGUAUGUCAAUACAACUAUUAUAGAAGACGAAGUUGAAGAGCCAAAAACAUAUAAAGAAGUAUCACAAAAUACGGCUUGACAGCAGGCAAUGGAGGAAGAAAUUAUAGCCUUGGAGCAAAACCAAACUUGGGAACUAGUGUCAAGACCGAGAGAUAUCAAACGCAUUUCUUGCAAGUGAGUUUACAAAAUAAUGUGUCUCUUGGAUAGAUCAAUGGAGAGAUACAAGGCUCGGACUAUAGCUUCAAGGUUCUCUCAACAAUAUGGACUAGACUAUGAUUAAACAUUUAGACCAGUAGUGAAGAUCACUGUCGUACAGGUUCCUCUAAUAUUUGUGGCAAAUAAAAUUGAAAAUUAUGGCAGAUGGAUAUGAAGAAUGUUUUCUUGCAUGGAGAGUUGGAUCGGGAGAUCUACAUGAACCAACCAAAUGAAUUUGAAAAUGGAGUUGAAGACAUUUGGAUGCAGCUCGACAGAUCUUGCGAUAUGUCAAAAGUACAAUCGAUUAUGGUCUUUUGUACAAAAGAAGUGAAGACUACAAGCUAGCUGGAUACUGUGAUGUUGACUAUGUAGGAGAACACGAUACCCGAAGAUCAAUCACUAGGUAUGUGUUCAAGCUCGAUUCGAGAACAAUUUCUUAGUGUAGCAAAAGACAACCAACAGUAUCAUUGUCAACUACAGAAGCAGAGUACAAAGCAACGACUGAAGCAGCUCAAGAAAGUACAUGACUAAAACUCUUAAUGAAGAUUUGUAUCAGAAAAUUAACUAUCCAAUACCAUUUCAUUGCAACAAACCAAUCUGCAAUUCGUCUAGUAGAAAAAUCGAUGUUUCAUGCUAGAACAAAGCAUGUGGAGGUGCACUACCAUUUCAUUAGAGAAAAAGUCCUAAAGGAAGAAAUCGAGAUGCAAUAGAUCAAGCAAAAUGAUCAAGCGGCAGACUUGUUUACAAAAGGGCUAAAUACUGAUAAGCAUGAGAGUUUUCGACAUGGUACAACGAAUGAGAACUUCUACAGAAGGGGAGUGUUAAAAUAUAACCACUAGCUUAAUAGGGUCAAACCCAAUAACUACAUGAGCCCGUUGUAUACAUAUUUUAGGAAAAUGAUUUAGAUAUUUAUACCUAUAUAUUUUAGAAAAAUUAUUAAGGUAUCUUAGAAAUAAAGAUACUUAACUUUUUUUAUAAAAAGAUACAGACAUUUCUGGAAUAAAUUAUUAGAUGUUUCAUGAAUAAAUUGUCUAGUCUCUACUAUCAAUACCCCUCCACCCUACAAAAGUUUUCAUUCCAAGAAAUCUAAAUCACAAUAAAGCAGUAGCCACCUACCAAGAUUUUAAUCACUAAUAGUUUCUACAAAAUGUCUUACAAAGAGUAUGACCACGUAAACCUAAGGUAUAGCCUAAAAAAGCUUGUAGCUUAGAAAUGAACUCCCAAGUAUGAACAAGACACCGAACAAAUGAAUAAAUGGACCUAUGACAUGAUACUUAAGAACAAAUUAAGAACUAAAAGUAAGCACUUAUUCACAUUUUUAUACCUAUUCAUGCUACUUUAAUUCUUUUCAAAUAAGGAUUACAUAGAGCAAUCAAGGCGAGGGUGUGCACAAAAUACGAGGCUAGGGGUCAGACUAGAUCGGUGUCUUUGUGUUUCUCAAAUUUUACACUUUUCACUAACUCAAUCUUGUAUUUUGCCUUUGUCAUUCCCCAUGGUAAGUUGGGUCAUACUUUUUUCCUCAAGUGAUAUUGACUACGGUUUUAUUGGAAUUUCUUUUAUCAAAUAUUUGAGUCAAUAAUAUCUAUGGCUUGAGCCCAAACACCCAAACUAUCUACCUUCAUAUCAAAUCAAAUAAAAAAAGAUGAGAAAGAGAGAAAAAGGGGGGAAUGAUUAAGCUCAUCAUCAAUGGUGAUGGAGCUGUAGCUUCCCGCUAAGGCAAAGGUAACCAUUGUCUCCUUCAAACCUAUCUUCAAAAGUAAGGAAUAAGUGUUGUAUGCAAAAUCCAUGUGAAUGAAUGGAUGAAGCAACCACUUAUUAGUUUGUUUAGUCACUUAUUAUAUUCACCUAAACCCCACCUUUGCUUGCUGCCCCUACUCUCUUCCUUCUUAUAAAACUCCCUCUAAAUCAUCCAUUUUUCAUCAACAAAAUGGAUGAUUCCUCACAUUUUGAACUUAAGAUCAGCCCUACCAGAGAGGAUGAUCCUUCCUCAACCUUUGAGCUUCACUUGCUCAAGACCACUUCCACUCAUUCUUUCUUCUCUGAUGAAACCAAUUCCAUGUUCCUUCUCACUGCCAAACUCCCAGGUUUUGCAAGAGACGACAUUGUGAUAACUAUCAAUGGAAGCGGUACUCGGAUCGAGAUUAGUUGGGGACAACCUGUUCAGAAAAUGGAGAUUACGAGAUGGACGUACAAGAAAGAAACAGAGACAAGGAGGUUCAAGAAGAUCUUUCGAAUUCCAGAUGGUGUGAUUUUGGAUGAAAUCAAGGCCACUUAUAAUGAUGAAAAGUCCAUUUUGAAGAUUUUGAUGCCCAAAUUGGAGGAGGGGAUCCUUGGAGUAGGAAUUCAAGAAGUGAAGGAACAGGAAGCUGGCAAAGCCACAUUUGAAUCUCAGGAUUCUGAAGCUGAGGCGAUUCCACAUACACCUACAGACCUUGAGACUCCGGAAACGGGCAAAGAGACCAAAUUAAUUGAAGAUACUCAUGGAAAUGGAGAAUUUGGAGGAGAAAAUGCCAAGCAGGAAGCAUUUUCCAAGAUAGAAUAUGCAGCAGAAACAACCCCAGAAGAGAUCGAGAAGCUGAAGGGCAAUGAGAUGGAAGAUACUGAUGGAGGUUCCAAUGACUACUCUGAAAGUGAACAACUAGAAACAGGAGCAACAAAAGCUACAGAGUAUGAGGGCACAAAAGAAAAUAUGAAUGGACAAAUAAAGGUCCCUAAAGUUACAAGUAUGGAAGGAAUAGAAGUAGCGGAAGGAACAUCACAAGAAACAGCCAAUCAUCAAAAAGAAAAAGAAGGCAAUGCUAAAGAACAUAAUGGUGAUAUGGCAACCAUGAUAAAAAAGAAACCAGAUGUCAAAACACAAUCACAAGCUUCAAUCGAUCAAGAGCAGGAAAAUUUUAAGCGAAAUCGACAUACUCGAGCGGAGCUGGGGAAGCCGGAAACAUAUAGAAACACUCGGGAAUUGAAAGAACCUGAAGAUAUAGAAAUUCCAUAUUUGCAAAGCCCUGCACACGAGCAUGAAGAAAAAGAAGUUGAUCAAAAAGGAAAAAGUUCCCAAACAAAAGAUGAAACUAAAGAAGCAAGAGAAGAAUGCAAUUCACCACAGAAGGUGACACAUCAAGAUUCGAGCAAGGAGGCAAAGCAAGAGAAAAAACAGUUUAAAAUGCGUAUUCCAAUCAUCGUUGCAGGGUCAGCUCUUGUCGCAUCCCUUGUAAUUGUUGUGUUUAGCUUGGUAAAAAGUAAAAAACGAGAGAAAAAUAUGAGAGGUUAAAAAUGCUGAAGAAAUAAAAGCU